AUGCCGGUAGCGACCAAGACGCCGUUUACGCUGGGCGGGGUGGUGUCCAAGUACGUGUCCUCGCGUCGGGCGCGUGUGCAGGCGCAGAAGCAGGCCCAAGGCACUACUUCCGGUCCAACAGGUGCGGAGGUGGAUGCACAUGUAGCCAGCACGCUCACGCGCAAACAGGCCGCGCGCAUCCCUGCCUUCCUCGAGCCCGACUCGAUCGACUCGCCCACCGAGCAGGCGGACGCAGAGGGUAGGGUGUUGGGGCUGGAAGAUCCGAAUGAGCCUUCGCUCGUAGACGACGCUCACACCGCCGUUCGCACCACCGCCGUGCCUACCGUUGUUCCCACAACACCUCUUACCGAUGCAGCAUUGCUGGAGCAGGUAGCGACCCUUACGCACGGGGGACAGACAUCCGUUCCUGUCUUUCCCGCACCUACCGACGUCUCUACGCAAGUGGUGGAUGGGAACCAGUCUGGCUUUGUCGACCCACGUACCUACGGCGGCACAUCGUUUGACCUCGUCGGUAACGGCGAGCACGAACCUCUCAAUGUCAUCAUCUCUUCGCUCUCCUCGCCCGCCAUCCUCACACGCAAAGGGUUCCAAUCCUACUGUCGCUCGCUCGACUUUGACCGCGAGUGUCUCGGCCUUCACGCCGGAGGGGCGCAGAAGGCCUACAUCGACCCACGCGGUUGGCGCGACCAGGAGUUCCUCUACCGCCAAGUGUACACGCCGCUCGACCACGUCUUUGGCACGUGCAUCGAGAGUCUAGUUGGUGGCAACCACAUCCGAGCCUGGCAGCAACAGGGAUCCGGGGCAUGGUUCCUGGCGACUAGCAAGGAGAUGGACGCGUCCAAGAACCACAUGAUCGUACCCGAUGGAUACAAUGUCGGUCGGAACAUCCUCGUGUCUCUCGCAAUGGGCAAAGGCGAUGGAAAUACGAGCUUCAUGGGGACGAAGUACCAUACCGACGUCACGUUUGUUGCCGGACUCAUGCCGCCAGGUAUGCAGGGCGUCAACCACGAUAUUGCCGUCGACGGCUUGACUGCCGUGCUCACCGUCGCGAUCCAGUCGGACGGGGCGUGGUUCUGGGCUAAACAUCAGAAGAACACAGAGGCAUUCCCCGUCGAGGUUCCCGUUGCGGGAGGUAUGGUGGCCGCAGAAGAGCCUGAGGAGACCAAGGUGCGCAGGAAGCGCUUCAGCCUCGCACGCAUUGUGCGGCCGAGUGGCGAGCAGCACCGCGAUGAAGCGACUGCCGCCAAGCAAGGCCAUGUGUGGGACAAGAUCAAGCAGAUCACCAAGGCGCACAAGACGCCGCAGACCAAGCAGCCGGGUGACGAUGCAGCGCUGCACAGCUCGGUCGAUUCCGGAUCGACGACCGCCGAUGUGGCUCAGCUGGGCGUCAGCACCGACACGGCCAAAGACGCUCCCGUGCCAAGCGGAAUUCCUGAUGCUGCUCCUACCAUCGCCUCCUGA